AUGACAACCCAUCACACUGAUGAUCCCUAUGAGAGUUAUCUUUUGAAAAAAAGUACUGAAAUGAAGGAUGACGACGGUCAACUAAGGCGAGAACAAGAAACACAAUUGUAUUUAAGAAGCCUUCAACCAGAAAAAUUCCCAACUCUUAACCCCAUUCAACAUAGUUGUGUAAACAAUGACUUACAGAAGCGAGGAAUUGAUGAAUCAAUUGAUGAAAACGCCCAGCCUUCCUGUGAGAAUAAGCAUAAUCUUAAGCGCAAAUCAUGA